AUGGCUCGUACAACACUGCGAGGCAAAGCGCCCCCUCAGCGCAAAAAGACGUCUUCCACGCUUUCCAAGGGCAAGGCGAGCAGCACCGGUCAAGCCAAUGCACCAUCUGCAGGCUCAAAUGCUCGAGGGGCAGUGACUAAAGCUGCCAAGCGAGCCUCGUUUCGCGCCUCAUUGAUGGCAGGCAAAGCAGAAGAAUUUCCAAUUCCCAAGAACGUGGGACCUGGUCAAGGAGAUACGAUUUCGCGCAGUGCGCUUCGAAGGAGAAAGAGGAGAGCGAGGGAAGCUUUGGCUGCUGAUGAAGCUGCUGGGAGGAGAGGAGGCGUGCAGGAUGUGCAGGAUGCGCUAAAGGAUGUGGAGGAUGAGAUAGAGAUGGAGGAUGAGGCGGCGGAAGAGGAGCAGCAGCAGCAGCAGGUCAAGGGCGUCGGAGCGCCCCAAGCCAGACCUCAACGUGUCAGCGAAAAGAUGCGGAAGAGAGUUCUGUGAGUAGGUGGCAGAGAGAAACAAAAGAUCGCAGCAUUGCUCUCCGUUCAUCGUGCGAUUGCGUCACUCAGCUGAUCUCUGCCAUGCCCCCCUCUCAUCCCUCGCAAUGUCGACCCUGAACAGCAUCGAAGAGCAAGCGCGUCAAAAGACAAUCACGUCAGAUGCUGCAUUCCGCGCAAAUCCAUUCCAAGCGUUGAGAGCGCACGCGCAAACAUCGCUGGCUCUAGAACCCAAACGCUAG